AUGUUUAAGAUCAACGGAUCUGUCCAGAUGGAGCGUGCACUGCUGUACACCUUCCUGGAGGUAUCCUCUGACUGUAAGUUCAGAGAGCAACUGCAUUCCCUGCAAAGCCAGGGGAUUGGGUCUUCUGUGAAAGGCAGCUACUGCUACGAUGAUGAGGUGGAACUUCAGACUGAUGGCAAUCGGAGCGGCUACAUGCAGAACGGCGAGCUAGUGUUUGACCCUGAGGUAAAUGAAGAAGUUGUCCGAAUCAUUGCUGCUCAGCUUGCUGAGAUUGGAGACCAGUUUGAUAAAGAAAUCAAAGCAAGAGUAGUAAAUGAUCUAGUGCAGCACUUUCUGAAUGAGAAUCUGUCUGGAGAGGAGAUAACCCGGCGCAUGUCAGAGGCAGUGGAAGGGCUUGCACGAGCCAUCCCUUCAGACAUGGAACAGGAGAAGGCCAUGUUGGUGCUAGCAAUGGUCUUAACUAAAAAAAUUGCGAAUACAAUGCCCUCCCUUCUACAGCGUGUCUUCAGCACCACUGUGAACUACAUCAGCCAGCAGCUCCACAACUACAUUGUCAGAAUGCUGCGUGAGUGA